UGUAUUAUCCCACUACCACCGUCGAUAUACCCAUUUUUUCUCCUGCGCAGAUUCCGAUAUUAGCUUCACCGUACACUCACACUUUUUUCAUCUUCACUCACUCACACACACCUUUCUCACCUCUUCUCACUUUAAAUACUCGUAACUAACUUCCAUCACAUUAAUUACCACCGUCUCUUCCCUCAACUCUCACCAUGUCCACCGCCAACGAAGAUUUCCAAGGUGUUUCAAAUUGUUAUGUGUUCAAGAGCCGGUUGCAAGAGUAUGCUCAGAAAGCGGGGCUCCCCACACCUGUGUAUGAAACUACCAAGGACGGGCCUUCCCAUGAACCUUGUUUCAGGUCAACGGUGAUUGUGAAUCAAGUUCGGUAUGACUCUUUGCCUGGGUUUUUUAACCGUAAAGCGGCAGAGCAGUCAGCUGCAGAGGUUGCUUUGAUGGAGUUGGCCAAAUCUGGUGAAGUUAAUCAGUCCAUCACUCAACCUGUUCAUGAAACUGGAUUAUGCAAGAAUCUACUUCAGGAGUAUGCUCAGAAAAUGAACUAUGCAAUGCCAACGUAUCAUUGCAAAAAAGAUGAUACGCCACCAGGUAGAGCACCGUUAUUUUCAUGUACGGUCGACAUUGGAGGGAUUCUCUAUAUUGGGGGAACAACAAAAACAAAGAAGGAAGCAGAGUUAAAAGCCGCUAGAACUGCUUUAUUAGCUAUCCAGACAAAUGCAUCUCAGGCUUCUCAAAACCAGUUUGGCCAUUUGACUGUCAUUCCAUCCAGAAAAAGGGCAGCAGAUUCUGUCGCUGAUGAGGCUUCAAAAGCUCCAAAGCCUAAGAAAGCACGCUUUAAAAGGAAAUUUCCCAAAAGGAAGCCGUCUAAAGACAAGAAGCCUCGUGUUGACAAUGCUGGCGAUGGAGCAAAUAUCAAUCACAGGAUAGAAUCACUUGCAAGUGCUAAUGAUGAAUCUGGCAUCCAGGAAACCAAAUCCGAAACAAUGCUCCCUUCAGAAGCUGUAAAGAAUUCUGAGGAUGGAGUAUCUCUAUCCCUUGCAAGUGCUAAUGAUGAAUCUGGCAUCCAGGAAACCAAAUCCGAAGCAAUGCUCCCUUCAGAAGCUAUGAAGGAUUCUGAGGAUGGAGUAUCUCUAUCCCUUGCAAGUGCUAAUGAUGAAUCUGGCAUCCAGGAAACCAAAUCCGAAGCAAUGCUCCCUUCAAAAGCUGUGAAGAAUUCUGAGGAUAGAGUAUUGACUAACCAUCAUGAGGAAGAGACAACUAUCCAUCAUGAGAAAGAGACGUUAGCUAGAGACGGGUCUUUUGCUUUGAAUAAUAAAGAAGUGUUUGAUGAUGGGAAGUCAACAGAAUUUCAAUCCAAAGAGGUCAAUCUUGGGAAUGUUGUUACAGAAGUGUCGUUUGUGCCAAAUGGAGACAUACCAGCAAACGGAGACAUACCAGCAAAGAGCAAUGGGAUGUUUGCGCCAAACGGAGACAUACCGGCAAAGAGCGAUGGGAUGUUUGCGCCAAACGGAGACAUACCGGCAAAGAGCGAUGGGAUGUUUGCGCCAAAUGGAGACAUACCAGCAAAGAGCGAUGGAAUGUUUGCGCCAAACGGAGACAUACCGGCAAAGAGUGAUGGAAUGCUUGAUCCAAACAGAGACAUACCAGCAAAGAGCGAUGGGAUGUUUGGAGACAUACCGGCAAAGAGCGUUGGGAUGUUUGUGCCAGAUGAAGACAUACCGACAAAGAGCAUUGAGAUGAACGAACUGCAUUAUGUUAAUGGAGAUAUGGUCUCUGACAAUUGAUUAUAUUGUGAGUUUUUUGUUUUUUUACUGAAGAGAGGGGUUUUGAGACUUCAAUUAUAUUAAUUAUUAUAAAUUAAAGAUUUAUAAUGGAAGAAAGAUCCAGUCAGGAGCAGACAUUCAUUAGGAUUGCUAGGACAUUAGGUUACAUCUCAGGAAAAUAGAAUAUAGGCUAUGAUAUGAACCAAAGCAAGUAGCUAAUUUAUAACUGAAAAUGGUGUUUCAGACCAUUUAUUUACUUAUGUUAUUGCACUAUUAUAUUAAAUGUUAAAGCUAUCUGCUCCA